GCGAGAGAGAGAGAGAGAGAGAGAGAGAGAGAGAGAGAGAGACACCUCACUUCCUCAAUCGUCGGAAUAAAUGAGCGAAGAAAAGGAGAGGAAGCUAAAGAGCAACUUUUCCUUCGAGCUGCGGUGAUCAAACACCUCGCACCGCAGCUGCUGGACGAGGUGAUCCUAGGACCUGUCACCAUGGCUCCUUUCUUGAGGGUCACCUUUAACUCGUACGAUUUGGGCGUCCUGCCUCCUCUGGCAGACCCUCCGUUCUGUGCAAUCAAGAUGAAGGAAGCCGUAACAACUGAGCGAGGUAAAACCCUGGUUCAGCGGAAGCCCACAAUGUACCCGGCUUGGAAGGCCAGUUUUGAUGCGCACAUCUACGAGGGUCGUGUGCUCGAGGUCCUGCUGAUGAAGACAGCAGAGGAGCCACUGGCUGAGGUGUCCGUCGGUGUGUCCGUCCUCGCCGAGCGCUGCAAGAAAGCCAACGGCCGUGCUGAAUUCUGGGUGGACCUCCAUCCUUCUGGGAAAGUGAUGAUGGCAGUGCAGUAUUUUUUGGAGGGAAUGGAAUCAGAGGGUACACAGGCUGGGAAGGAGGAAGAUGUUCCUACUCUGAACCGCAGACGUGGGGCCAUCAAGCAGGCCAAGAUCCACUUCAUCAAGAACCACGAGUUCAUCGCCACAUUCUUCAGACAGCCCACUUUCUGCUCCGUGUGCAGAGAGUUUGUCUGGGGACUCAACAAACAAGGCUACAAAUGCAGACAAUGCAAUGCAGCCAUCCACAAGAAAUGCAUAGACAAAAUUAUCGGCAGAUGUACCGGCACUGCUGCCAACAGUCGGGAGACUAUGUUCCAGAAGGAGCGUUUCAAAAUUGACAUGCCGCACCGUUUCAAGAACCACAACUACAUGAGUCCCACAUUCUGCGACCAUUGUGGAAGUCUGCUGUGGGGUAUUGUCAAACAAGGCCUGAAGUGUGAAGACUGUGGCAUGAAUGUUCAUCACAAGUGUCAGGAUAAAGUUGCCAACCUUUGUGGUAUCAACCAGAAACUACUAGCUGAAGCUCUAACACAAGUCAGCCAGAAGUCGUCCACUCGUCGUUCGGAUCCAAACCUGCCUGAUCAGACAGAUAUUGGAAUCUAUGAUGAAGUUAACAAACUUUCUGGACUGGAUAUCAAUGACCCAUCUCCGUAUGGCAAACUGUGGGAGGGGUCUGGUCCUCGUUCUCAGUCUCGUAUCACCCACCUGACACAAAUCAACGUGGACAACUUCAUCUUCCACAAGGUUUUGGGAAAAGGCAGCUUUGGCAAGGUUCUCCUAGCAGAGCUGAAGGGUCGUGGAGAGUACUUUGCUGUGAAGGCCCUGAAGAAGGACGUAGUGCUGAUGGAUGAUGAUGUGGAGUGCACUAUGGUGGAGAAGAGAGUCUUGGCUUUAGCCUGGGACAACCCCUUCCUCACCCACCUGUACUCCACCUUCCAGACAAAGGAGCAUCUGUUCUUUGUGAUGGAGUACCUGAACGGAGGAGACUUGAUGUUUCAUAUUCAGGAGAAAGGGCGCUUUGAGCUCUACAGAGCCUCGUUCUACUCGGCUGAGAUCAUUUGUGGUCUCCAGUUCUUACACUCCAAAGGGAUCAUCUACAGAGAUCUAAAGUUAGACAAUGUGAUGCUGGACUAUGAGGGACACAUUAAGAUCGCUGACUUCGGGAUGUGCAAGGAGAAUGUGUUCGGAGAGAAUCGCGCCACAACGUUCUGUGGCACUCCUGACUACAUCGCUCCAGAGAUCCUGUUGGGACAGAAAUACUCAUUCUCUGUUGACUGGUGGUCAUUCGGGGUGCUGCUGUAUGAGAUGCUGGUCGGCCAGUCGCCUUUCCACGGAGACGAUGAGGAUGAGUUGUUUGAGUCCAUCCGCAUGGAUACUCCCCACUAUCCCCGCUGGAUCGACAAGGAGGCCAAGGACCUAAUGGAGCAGUUGUUCGAGAGAGACCCCACCCGCAGACUCGGAAUUGUAGGUAAUAUUCGUUUACACCCCUUCUUCAAGGCCUUUCCCUGGCAGGCAUUGGAGAACAGGGAGAUUGAACCCCCCUUCAAACCCAAAAUAAAAGCCCCGAAUGACUGCAGCAACUUUGACCGGGAGUUCCUCAGUGAGAAGCCUCGUCUCUCUCACAGCGAUAAGAACUUCAUCGACUCCAUGGACCAGUCGGCGUUCGCUGGGUUUUCAUUCAUCAACCCCAAGAUGGAGCACCUUUUAGAAAAGUGACCCUUUUAAAGUCAGACUCGGGUCACAUCUCUCCUGGUUUCUGGGACAGUUCACUUAGUCUGUCACAGAUUAAUCAGAUGUUCCACAGUCAGUGUGCAUGUGACCUUAUUUUAAGCACGAACUAAUCUCCUUAGGUACAUUUAGAAAUAAUAAGAGUAGAAAUUGGCCCUCGUACUGUAUAUGUUGUCAAUGUAUUUGUGUGCAUGCUUAUUAUUUGUCUAGGUUGUGAAGACCUCUGCGAAUAAUAAUAAUAAUGAAAAUAAUAUUAGGCCGGGAGGCCUGAAAUCCUUGCAUUCCACUUGACAUCACUGCUACCAACUGCAGCCAUUCUGAUUCCCUUCUGGUACUGCUCAGUUCAAUUCAACUGGGGUUGAAAAAUAAUGAAGAGGGAAAGAAACGCAUACGAAUAAAUUGUACUGUAUACUUCAAAUGUAGAACGUGUGAGUGAGGCGACUGGAUGUAAAGAAAUCUCAGACCAACAAAAAACCUUGUCCAUGUUUGUUUUAGCUGAAUAAUGAAUGUUACCUGUCUUCGAAACACCUUCCUGACUUCUUGUUGGAUGAAUCGUGUCUUUAUAAAGAGCUUGUGGUUGUCUGGUUGACAGUGCCAUGUAAAGAUCAAAUGUAAACAGAGCCUCAUCUGCUCUCUGUUGUUUGGAAAUAUCUCAUCUGUGGAUUGAGACUGAGCGGGUGCAGAACAUUUUGUAACGGUUCGUGAACAAUGAGCAGGAAGUCACGAAAAAGGCUGUAUAUAAAGAAAAAUGUAUAUGUACAGUAUGUUGUUGUAACAUGUAUAUUGGUUCACUGAGGAUGUACUUUUUUUACUGUCUCCAUCUUUUACAUCUGAUUAAAAAAAAAAAUCAUCAA